CUCUUCUUUUCUCCCUACAACCGUUCUUCUUCUUUUUUUCUCUUAUCUUCAUUUUACAUUCAGUCUCAUCGUCUUACUUUCAAAUAUCAAUUGAGUGUUUCCGUUGCGUCUUGUCGCAAUGUCGCGCAAGGACGACUCCAAGCCCAAGGAGGGCCAUGUCAGCGUCAAUGUUGACGACUUCACCAGAACUCGUGAUAACGUCAUCAUGAGUCUUGCGCAGCUGCAGUCCGCUGUCUCGGACCUGUCGCGUGCUUAUAUCACCCAUGCCAACACCGUCCUGGGCCGCUCCCCUGCCGGUCUCGACAUUGGCGGUAUCAACGGCAUCACCCAGUCGCUGUUUGACAGCGGUUUGUUGGGACUCCGUGCUUCCAGCCCUGGCGCCAAGUCCGAAGCGGGCGGCGACAAGAAGAAGCGCAAGCGUGCUCCUCCGGACCCCAACGCUCCCAAGCGGGCCUUGACUCCUUACUUCCUGUACAUGCAGCACAACCGAACCCGCAUCGCUGAGGAAUUGGGUGGCAACUCGAGACCCAAGGACGUUGCCGAUGAGGGAACUCGUCGUUGGGCUGAUAUGCCUGAGCCCCAGAAAGAGGUGUGGAAGAAGCUCUAUGCUGACAACCUCGCGGUCUACAAGGAGAAGGUGAAGGCCUACAAAGCUGGCCUUCCCGUCCCUGAUGACGACAAUGCGCGCGCUUCCAGCCAGCUCCAGCAGGAUGUCGCUGGCGCCGAGGCAUCUGCUGAUGAAUCGGAGCAGGAUGAAGACGAGGAAGAGCAUGAACAGGAACAGGAACCCGAGGAGGAAGAGGAAGAAGAAGUGGAGGAGUCCCCAGAACCUGUCAAGGAGCCCACUCCCCCUCGCAGCAGCGCUAAGCGUCGCCGUAGCGAGGGCAAGCCUGCCGCCAAGGAGGUGGCCUCGCCCACUGUGAACAAGAAGGAAUCGCCGAAGAAGAAGCGCACUUCUGCCCGGACCCAAAAGGACCAGGUUCAGGAGGAGGACGAGCAGCAGAAGGCCCCUAGCUCCGCCCGCAAGCCUGCCGCCGAUAAGCGCACCAAGAAGAAGCGCAAGAGCGAGGCUGGCACUGACGAAUAGAGUGCUGGAAUUUCCUUCUUGAAUGUAUACUGUUGGUUUGACCUCUAGAGCAGAGGGUUGUAUUGGCUAUAAGUUGUUUGUCAGAUGCCGGAAUACUUGGCGGGAGGUUAUAUUGUUUGCAGAGUCCGGAGUAAGAAUUUCUGGGUUGUAUUUCGCAGGUGAAUAAGUUAAAUAAAAGUUUCUACUACCAUCUACAAACUCGG